GUCGGAGGCGCCUCCUGCGCGCAGCGGGCGCGCGGAGGAGCGGGCGGCGCGGGGACAGCGCACCUGGAGCGCCCGGAGGCCCGGCUGGCGCGCGCGCGCGCAGCGACAUGGAGGACGGCGUGCUCAAGGAAGGCUUCCUCGUCAAGAGGGGUCACAUCGUCCACAACUGGAAGGCGCGAUGGUUCAUCCUCCGGCAGAACACGCUGCUGUACUACAAGCUCCAGGGGGGACAGAAGGUGACCCCUCCCAAGGGCCGGAUCCUUCUGGAUGGCUGCACCAUCACCUGCCCCUGCCUGGAGUAUGAGAACCGACCCCUCCUCAUUAAGCUGAAGACCCAAACAUCGACCGAGUACUUCCUGGAGGCUUGUUCUCGAGAGGAGAGGGACGCCUGGGCCUUUGAAAUAACGGGGGCCAUUCAUGCUGGGCAGCCGGGGAAAGUCCAGCAACUCCACAUCCAGAAAAACUCCUUCAAGCUGCCCCCUCACAUCAGUCUGCAUCGCAUUGUAGACAAGAUGCACGACAGCAGCAGCGGAAUCCGGCCAAGCCCCAACAUGGAACAGGGAAGCACCUACAAAAAGACGUUCAUAGGCUCCUCCCUGGUGGACUGGCUCAUCUCCAACAACUUUUCUGCUAACCGUCUGGAGGCCGUGACCCUGGCCUCCAUGCUCAUGGAAGAGAAUUUCCUUAGGCCGGUAGGUGUCCGAAGCCUGGGAGCCAUUCGCUCUGGAGACCUGGCCGAGCAGUUCCUGGAUGACUCCACGGCCCUGUACACUUUCGCUGAGAGCUACAAGAAGAAGAUAAGCUCCAGGGAAGAAAUUAGUCUCAGCACCAUGGAGCUGAGUGGCACAGUGGUGAAACAAGGCUAUCUGGCCAAGCAGGGACACAAAAGGAAAAACUGGAAGGUGCGGCGCUUUGUUCUGAGGAAGGAGCCGGCUUUUCUGCAUUACUAUGACCCUUCCAAAGAAGAGAACCGGCCAGUGGGUGGGUUUUCUCUUCGUGGCUCCCUCGUGUCUGCUCUGGAGGAUAACGGCGUUCCCACUGGGGUUAAAGGGAAUGUCCAGGGGAAUCUCUUCAAAGUGAUUACCAAGGAUGACGUACACUAUUAUAUCCAGGCCAGCAGCAAGGCUGAGCGAGCUGAGUGGAUUGAAGCUAUCAAAAAGCUAACGUGACAAGGGAGCGUGUUCCUGAAGAACAGGACCAGGAGUCCUCCCUCCUACCAGAUGGUACAGACAAGAUUUCCUGGAGAAUGGGUCUGUUCAGACUCCUAGCUGUAUAUUUUGUACUGCUUUGCAGUGACACUGGUGAUCCUUAGAUCACAAUCAGCAGUGGUGCUAUUUCCUUCCUUCCCUUCCUGUUAACAGCGUGGAAAUGCUGUUAACCGUUAUGCGUCAGCCUCUUGACUUUCACCCAUUUUCACAGCCAGCCAUUCCUCGGGCACCAAGGUAGGAUUCCCUGUUGUAACACUAACUAGCCACGUUGUAAUACUAAAUAAAACUCUAGUGUCAUGUU